CAAGAAAAACAGACCGCCAGAGGCCUCGAGCACCGACUCGCUCAAUGCACACCGCCGGUCGAAAGCCAAGUCGACAACCAAGCGGCCGGUCGAGCCUCCCGGUUCCGCUUCGCCCAACCCGUACGAGGGCCCUCGCACCCGGACCGUCCAGGAUGCGCUCUCGGAGGAUUCCGAGGCUGUGUGGCAAGCCCUGCUGAAACCAACGACGUCCAAGAAGCCCGACACGGAUUCGCUGGGGUCUGGGAUGAUGCUCCUCUCCGAUCUCCCUCGCGCCAGCAGUAGCCCAUACGACGCACUACCUCUCGGCGGCAAGGCAUCGAGCCGGCUGAUUGAGGAGGGCUCGCGGAAAUCGGCAGUGCGGCAGCUUUCCGCUGCCAAGAAGACCCACCACUCGACCACAAUGAUCACUGCAUCUGCCUCGAGCAGUGCCUCGUCGGUCGACUCGACCCAGUCUGUCUCAACACAGAUGCGGUCGCUUCCGCCCACACACAUCGAAUCCCAGGUGUUUGAAGUCAAGGCAAGCCCGCUUGGAGCUGGAUCACCUCCGCAGCAGAACACCAGAGGGCAGCAUGAGAUCGCAUCACCGAGCAGCAACAAGCCCCGCCCCGAAGCCGCGACCAGUCCCAUCAGCAGCGACAGACCCGCAGCUGCACCGAAUAUUGAUGCUGCCCAAAGUACCGUCGGCGCAGCUGGUGGUGCAAAUAUGACAAGUGCUGUCAACAGCGAUACGGCGUCGACAGGGGCCGCUGGGUUGUCUGGGAUCCGGGCACUACUCAAGCGAUUCUCACGAGGCAUGGGAAUCGGCAAACCAGCCAACAACAAGCCAACUGACAGCAAGCCCAAGGACGGCAGAUCCAACAGUCCCCGAGCGAGCGAUACCAACUCCAAAGCAGCAAAGGCGGUGACCGGUGCCAAGGGCAAGCCCUCAUGAUCUCCCAUGUCGACAGAAUUGAGUCAAGUGCGAAUCUGGCUAGGCGUCUUCUCGCUGAUGCUGUCUGUCCAAGGACAAGUGGACAUGCUUGGUCUGGAUGUGGGAGACCAAGGCUUCGCUUGGUCAUUACAACGAUGGCAGUGUGUAAUGGAGCAUGCUGCUUUGCUUUCAACGGCUAUUGUUGUGGAAUAUACAAAC